UUCGCGGUAUCGGCACAUGUGGUGAGUAAUGCGACUGAUAAGGCGACGACAGCCGAAUAACGGAGGGAAACGUUCCCGGGACAGCUGUUGCACUGCGGAGGAAAAAACGAAAAUCCGUGAACCAUAUUUUUAAAUCUUCAUUACCGCGCGACCGAAGUAAUGAAUAGUCCAUCUCCCUUCCCCCCCCCCUUCCACCGUGUGCGUGUGCGUGUCUUACGAUUAGAUACGUACGCCACGCCGUGUUGUUGUUAUUGUUCCGACGACGAUGGCAAUAAUAAUAAUUAUUGCAAUCAAUAAUAAAUGCAUAAAUCGUGUAAUGACGCGCAUAGGUCGUCGGUAAAUAAUAAUGAUCGAUAAACAAACCGUGCGGUUAACAUCACGGUGAUUAUUAUUGAUGCGUGUACAGCGUCUGCAGAUAAAAUUUGUUCUAAAUGAUUGAUAUGUGGCACGUUUGCUCAUCUGCCGAGUACGCCGAACGCAUUCAGUCAACAGUACAGUUGCUGCGUGAUAACUUAAUCGCUCGUCGACGUACCCAUUGUUAUUGACGGCGUGCUAAUAUUUAUAUUUAAACCGUCGUUGUUCCUCGCGGGCGUACGACACUGCGACCAUGUAUUUCCGGGCAGGUGGUGCCACCGCCUUGCUGAUUGGAGCAGAAGCCGUACGAAUCCGUUUGCUCGAUUUCCGAGGCAUUGCGAGGAUAUCCAACACUUGUACGAAAAUGGUACAACAAAACAACAGGCUGCUGCUGGUGUGCGGCCCGUCCGGUUCUGGUAAGUCUACGCUGCUGCGAAAACUGUUUGACGAGUACCCGGACAAGUUCGGGUUUUCCGUGUCACACACCACCCGGUCGCCCCGACGUUUUGAAGUGGACGGUCAACACUACCACUUCACUACCAAGGAAAUGAUGCAGCAGGCUAUUGACCGUGGUGAGUUCCUCGAGCACGCCGUUUUCUCUAACAACAUGUAUGGCACCAGUUUGGAAGCUGUUCAAAGUGUCCAAAAGUCUGGCAAGAUAUGUGUACUCGACAUUGAUAUGCAAGGAGUGAUUCAAAUUAAAAAAGUACCUUCUCUGAAACCAAUUGGUAUUUUUAUUAAACCUCCCAGUAUUGGUGAGUUAGAAGUACGGUUGCGUAGGCGAGCUUCAGAAUCUGAAGAUAAUCUCCGUGCUAGAUUGAAUGCUGCCCAACAGGAAAUCAACUACGGAGAAACGCCUGGAAACUUUGAUUGUGUUAUAGUAAACGAUUCCUUAGAUAAAGCAUACAAUGCAUUCAAAGACUUUAUUUUAAAAUCUUUUGAAAAUUUAGAUAAUUAAAGACAAAUUGUUUUGUACUAAAAAUA